UCUUUUCUGUGUUUUUUUUAUAUCGGUGACUAUCAAAGGAGGACAAUGCUUUUACGUUAUCAUCUCCUGUUUUUCGUAUCUGUCUGUGAAUGGAAGACUCGAACCCAACUACUUACGCUUGCACACAUUUCUCUGAAUUCACCAAUUACAACUGUCAAGUCUGAAGGAGAGAAGACGGAAAACAUAACAAGUCUCAAGCUGAUCCCACGUUCCAAUGUCACCGUGAUUGGGAAUACAGAAACCAUUUCCUGCCUUUCCACGGGUGGAUCCGUGCCCAUCACAUACCAGUUGUUCCAUAACAGGAGUGUUAAUGGCAGGAUAAUAUACACGGAAGAGAGGCAAAUCUCAUUUAAUGUCACUAUCCUUGAUGCAACCUACUUGGGAACCUACCGUUGUAAAGCAAAUAACACCCAGACCCAUCCUAUGUACAGCCAGUCAUUUAACUUCACGUUACAAGAAAAUGAGUCUAAUGGAUCGCCUGCACCUAGUACCUUAAUUAUUGUCCUCCUGUUGGUUUUCAUCCUAGGACCUGCUUUAGUUUUGUCUGCCUUUGUAUUCAGGAGGUUUUGCAGGCGUAGAAGUAGCGACAGAAUAUAUGCAAACACAACAACUGAAGUUACAGGUGACAGAAUAUAUGAAAAUAUGUCCAAGAAAGAAGCAGAUUUAGAGACCGUCGGAGGGCAGGAGAUAAACUAUUCUACCAUUGUACCAGCCAACAACACAGAAAAAAACACGAACGUAGAAUACACUGCUAUCCGCAGACACCAGUGACCGGUUUUUGGCAGCGGUGAUAUACUGUUCAAGAAAAUUGCGCACUUUGGAAACAUGCAUAGUUUCCUUUAAGGUUGUAUCACGGUUCCGAAGCUGAAGAAGUCCGUUUUCUAGCGUGCUUUCACUCACCAGCGCUGUGAAUAAGAUCCCCAUCUCAUCGUACCUGCAGAGUGACAGGAUAAAGAAACUUUAAUAGACACGAGGAGGUUGGAUUUGUUUCCUGUGAUAAUGUUACAAAAAAUAAACCUCUAAACCUCAGUCCACUUUGCAAGUUGAUAUAGGAUAAAAACCUUCUCCCAUCAGUACCAUUCUGAGAAGCAAGAAUUGGUCAUAGAUUGUUAUUGUGCAAUUCCUAGUGUAUGUGGAUACAUAAAUAUCACUAUAAUUGUUUAUCAAUACAUACACUGAAAAACUUACUGGUGCU